AUGUGGUUUUACCAACUUCUGCAUGCAAACAUGAAUGCCACGGACGAGCAUGGGAGACCAGCGCCGACUUUAUACAUGCUCAAUCCCGAUGCCACAAUGGAAGUAUUCAUUCGUUUCGGGAUCGAUCGUGACCCUCUGAUUCAAGUGAGGAAGUUUCAAGGUGCUACAAAGUAUGACGAUCAAGUGCAUGUCCCGUUUACAACGCUGAAUUACCUCAGAUUGAAAGGAAGUACGCUGUGUAAGAAAAUGGACAAUCUAUUUGCUGCUUUCAGGGACAUUGACGAGUAG